AUGUUCGGCCUCUACACGCUCCGCUCCUCGUCCCGACCUCUGCUGACGGUCGCUCGCCAGCAACGGUCGAUCGUCGCUCCAUUGGCCGGUACGUUGUAGAGAGAAAGGGAGAGAACGCGCACGCCGAAGGGAGCAUGAUCCUACAUCAAAUGACCAAGACUGACCGCUGACCUCGUUCAUCUCCUUUCCUUCCCCCAUGUCAUACUCUCGACGUGCUCACUCGCCUGACUCACCCGGACGUACUACAACACUAUCGCACCGAUUCGAUUCGAUUCGAUUCGAUCCGAUCCGAUCCGUUCCGUUCCGCACGACCACUCUCCGCGCACCCACAACUCAACUCCCUCCCCUCUACCCACACUCAUCACACCGCUUCGACCGAACCGACCUUGUUGCCCCCGCCCCCCCCCCCUCCACGAACCCCAGUGCGCCACUCGUCGCACGCCGCCGCGGAGGACUACGAGUCCUUCAACCGCCGCUACGCCGACUUCUUCGCCAACGCGCAGGACCUGUUCGAGCUUCAGCGCGGACUCAACAACUGCUUCGCGUACGACUUGGUGCCUUCCCAACAGGGUGAGUGCGAGAUUCAACUUGUGCGGGGGCAGUGUACCGCCGCGGUGGGUUUGAAGCGUCCUAGCGCGGCUUGCGUCGUCGUAAGAUGGGGCGGUUCGGUCCGCGUCGGGGGACAAGCUCGCAUCGGGAUCCCAACAUCGACAUCACCUACAGGAUCAAAGAUCGACUUUGGCGCAUAACUCGUGUUCGAGUGCGACAAUCAGAGGAUCUCGCCGAGUGGAUGGCGCGAUGUGGUUCACACUCCGAUCAUCACCGCGGGACGACAUCACACGGCAUCAGGAACGAAACAUCCGCACAGCACUGAUGCUCCGGAGAAUUCGCACUGACUCGCUCAACCUCCCCCUCCCCACCUUCUCCACCCGGAUACGCUUUCCGCGCCUCUUGCAGUCGUCGAGGAGGCGCUCAAGGCCGCUCGCCGAGUGAACGACUACUCGACCGCCGUCCGAAUUUUCGAGGGACUGAGUCAGUACCAACGAUCCUAUCCGUGAUGUUGUGCCCUAGGAUCAUUUCUGAAUCGUGCCCGCCUCCCUUAUCUCACACGUCUCCUCCCUCCGUCAAUUCGCCGCGCCGCGAUCCGCAACUUUUUCCGACCUCCUCCUCGACCCCCGCUGAAUACUGCUCUGCACCUCCACUUCCCCCCCCCCCCCCCCCCUCCCCCGCACCGACACUCUCCAACAGAGGAGAAGACGGAGAACGCGACCCAAUACCAAGCCUACGUGACCGAGACCGCCCCCUUGCGUAAAGAGCUCGGCGUCUUGCUCAAGGAAGAGCUCUACGGGAACUAG